GCCGCCUUCUGGGGCUCCGGCAGAGCUCCAGCUCUGCUCAGUAGCUGCCCUAAGUAGAACCACCCGUACCUUGGGUAGCCUUCGCCGGUAGCGCCGAUCAGCUGGAGCCGAGCGCUGCAGAUCCCGAGGCCUCAGCAGAGGCUCCGGCAGCGCCCCAACUCCAGCUGACUCCUCCCAAGGCCCGUGUGCUGCUGCCGCUGCCGCUGCCGCCGGCGACGGUGGAGGCCGGCGGAACUCCAGCUGAGCUUCAUACCCAGCACCGAUCAGCUGGAGCUGCGAGAGCAGACCCAGCUCCAGCUCAUCCCUCAGCAACUUGUAUAUUUUGACCUCAACUCUUAAAUUCCUAAAAGCUGAUGUCACUUAACUUGGUUGAUGCAGAUUUCUUUUUGGAAGAGAAUAAAUUCAAGCAAUAUUGUACAGAAUUUCUCCAAUAUUCACAAAGAAUUGGGGAUGAUUGGCAAUGGAGAAGCAUAAAGGACUCUACUGAUGGCUACAUGAUUAAAACACAUUUUCUGCUGAAAAAUGGAAGUAUCUCUUCAGGCAGAGUGGACAUAGUAAACGAUGAACCAACAUUUCUGUGUGUUGAGGAAGGUCUGGAUGAUUCUCAAGAGGCUGGAGUCUCUGAAGUAUCAGAGGUGAUUCGCUAUGAAUAUCAUGUUCUAUAUUCCUGCAGUUAUCAAGCUCCUGUUCUCUAUUUUAGGGCAAGUUUUUUAAAUGGAAAACCUUUAACAUUAGAUGAAAUAUGGAAAAGUGUACAUGAAUGCUAUAGGGAUCGCCUCUGGCAAGGACCAUGGGAUAUGAUUACGCAACAGGAACAUCCAUUACUUGGUCAGCCUUUCUUUGAACUUCAUCCCUGCCGGACAAAUGAAUUUAUGUCUUCAAUAUUAUCCAAUUUACAUAAACAAAACAAGCAUACGAACUAUAUUAUUUCGUGGCUGAGUGUUGUUGGCCCAGUUGUGGGUCUCCAUCUGCCUUUGAGUUAUGCAAAAGCCAAUUUGGAAGAAACUUCAGAUUAUGAACAAAAAUAUGGAUUUGGGUGAAAUAUAAAGUGUCACAAGCCUUAUAAUUUAACAUGCUUGGAACUAAGAAUAAUAAAACAGUGAGACCGUGCUGCAUUGAUAUAUAGUCUGAUGAACAUCCAGUUUAAAAGAAGUUCUCAUUUCAAUCAGGAUACAUGAUGCCAUUGAUAUACAAAUAUUGAUUCAUAUUAUAAUUUCUUUGUGAUAAGUGGGAAAACAGAUAAUUCUGCCCUAAAACAAGUAAGAGGAGUAUUUUGGAGCAACAUCUGGACAAGUGAUUCAAAUCAUAGAAAGAACAUAAGCAAUUGCCAAAAUAUCUGAAACCAGGAACAGUUACAACCAUUUCUCUAUCUUGACUGCUGUUGGAGCUUAUGCAAAUUAAUGAAAAGGAAUAAUGUGUAU